AUCUAGCUUUUUUGUGAGAAUUGCUCUGCAGGCUGAAACCCACUGAAACCAGAGAGAAGUCUUCUCUCUGCUGAAACUCUGAACUCACCAGUCUCACCAUUCGGCACUAGUCUCGAGCCCUUGUGUGCCUUGUCGCUUCAGCCGCUUGUCGUACACACCUAAGAUGGUGGUCUAAUAGUCUUUGGAAGCAUAGUUUGAACUGUCUUAUUAAUUUCUUUUAAAUCAUUUUUUUCGGAUUGUUGUAAUCAAAAAAAUUUACUAUGAAUCCGAUGUCAGGAUCAUUUCAUUGCGACGAGUACGGAAGACCGUUUAUUAUACUUCGGGAUCAAGAAAAUCAAAAACGCCUAACCGGCACUGAUGCAAUUAAGUCACACAUCGCUGCUGCAAAAAGUGUCGCCAACACUCUCCGAACAUCUUUGGGACCAAAAGGCCUUGAUAAGUUAAUGGUUAGUCCAGAUGGUGAUGUCACAGUUACCAACGAUGGAGCAACAAUACUACAGAAAAUGGAUGUUGAUCAUGAAAUUGCUAAACUGAUGGUCCAACUGUCGCAAUCUCAAGAUGAUGAAAUUGGUGAUGGUACAACUGGUGUCGUUGUUUUGGCUGGUGCCUUGUUGGAACAAGCUGAAAGACUCUUAGACAAAGGCAUUCACCCUAUUAGAAUAGCUGAUGGUUUUGAAUUGGCUGCACAAUGUGCCACCAAACAUCUUAAUAGCAUUGCUGAAGGUUUUCCAAUUGAUCGUAACAAUGUUGAGCCACUCAUUAAAACUGCCAUGACUACUCUUGGCUCAAAAAUCAUCAACAAAUGUCACAGACAAAUGGCUGAAAUUGCAGUUAAUGCAGUUAUGGCUGUUGCUGAUCUUGAAAAACGUGAUGUUAACUUUGAGUUAAUCAAACUUGAAUGCAAAGUUGGUGGUCGCUUGGAGGACACUAUGCUAGUUCGUGGUGUUAUCGUUGACAAAGAUUUUAGUCAUCCUCAAAUGCCCAAGAAACUUCGUGAUGUUAAAUUGGCAAUUCUUACUUGUCCAUUUGAACCACCAAAGCCAAAAACCAAACAUAAGUUGGAUGUAACAUCAGUUGAAGAUUACAAAAAACUUCGUGAAUACGAACGUGAAAAGUUUACCGAAAUGGUAGACAGAGUAAAAGCUGCUGGAGCAACAUUGGCUAUUUGCCAGUGGGGCUUUGAUGAUGAAGCUAAUCAUCUUUUACUUCAAAAAGAAUUACCAGCAGUCAGAUGGGUUGGUGGACCCGAAAUUGAGUUGAUUGCCAUUGCAACUGGAGGAAGAAUUGUUCCAAGAUUUGAAGAAUUAACACCUGAUAAACUUGGACAUGCUGGUAUUGUUAGAGAGUUGACAUUUGGUACCACCAAAGAUCGCAUGUUAGUCAUCGAAGAAUGUAAAAAUUCAAGAGCAGUUACAAUAUUUAUUCGUGGUGGUAAUCAAAUGAUUGUUGCUGAAGCAAAACGUUCAAUUCAUGAUGCACUUUGUGCUGUCAGAAAUCUUGUUACUGAUGAACGUAUUGUUUAUGGUGGUGGUGCUUCUGAAAUAUCAUGUGCACUUGCAUGUUCAGCACAUGCAAAUAGCAUUAGCUCAUUAGAACAGUAUGCAUUCCGUGCCUUUUCUGAUGCACUUGAAGCAAUUCCAAUGGCCCUUGCUGAAAAUGCUGGUCUAUCUUCAGUUGAUAGUCUUGCACAAGCAAAAGCAGCCCAACUUGCAACAAAAAAUCCAGCAAUUGGUAUUGAUUGUAUGAAUUGUGGAACAAGUGACAUGAAAGUUCAAAAUGUCAUUGAAUCACUAAAGAGCAAAACUCAACAAAUAUUAUUGGCUACUCAGCUAGUUAAAAUGAUUCUCAAAAUUGACGAUGUUCGUUCACCAGCUGAUCGUUAUGAAUAAUUGUUCUUUUUUUUUUUUUUUUUUUAAUUGCAUUUUAGCAACUUCUUAUUACUCAAUAAGUUUAACUGGUUAUUUUUUUUUCUUCUAAUCAACUUACUGUAAUUGACUAUUUUAU